AUGUUUACCGCCCAAGGGAGGGAUACCCUAGGGCCGGUCGAUAAGGGGAUUGCUGGUCCCCCUCGACCGUCAGCCAGCGAAAGCAUGAUACCCCUGGCAGGGAACCAGGCCGGGAUAUCAUUACUUGCGUCUGGAACAAAAAAUCAGCCCGGGAGUCAGGCAGUGAAUACUGGGAAACCCACAGGGAGCCGAAGAAACUCGUUGGACAGCCUGGAUCUAAUAUGGGACGAGGAGACUCAGACAUCGGCAGAGAUACCUAGCUUCUCUAAGAUUUUUGGAGCCAUAGCUAGGAGUCAUUCUUUCAGUGGCUCUAAGAAAAGGAAAGUCCUGGAUACGUCUAUGAGAGACAAUGAGGGAGGAUUAUACAAAAAAAAGGAGCCCUCUGUAGCUUCUGUCCUUAAGGAGGCACUGGAGGAAAUAACUAGGCUGGCAAAGGUGUUGGAAAACAACAUAGAGCAAAACACCAAGACGGCGAUUAAGGGGUUAGCAAAAGGGAUGAAAGUACAGGUGGAGAUUAUAAACAGGCUAUCAGUGAAGGAGUGGAUUGAAAAAAACAGCUAUGAGGAGGUGCCAAAGAUGCUGUAUAAUGGGGAGACGCAGACGGAGGACGGUAUCUACGAGGCUGCAACACAGACAGCGGAUCAGGGAACCCAGACGGAGGAGCCCCCAAAUGAGGUAGAGGGACUGCCAGAAGGAAGGCGGCUAGUGGUACAGUGCGUGCCUCUUAAGCACAAAAUUCCGGAGGGGACAGCCAGAGGGGUCUGGACAACGGUGGAGGCCUUCUCAAGGGACUACCCUGGCGGCGAGAUACCGAAGCGUUGGAACCUCCAGGUCUUCGAAAGCAUGCCAUCUACUUGUGGAACCUUACACAGAGGAACUUCAGAAAAGCAGUUUAUCUCUUCCACCCUUUUAAAACCAUUUUCUAAAGCCGUUUCAAAUCCUGUAAAAAGACGAGAGGGAAAGAAGAAAAAUACUGAAAUAUUAACCAGCUCGAAAAAACAAUGUAAAAAACAACUAACUGUAAAGAAAAAAGCCAUACAUGAUACAAAAAUGGAGGCAAAAAGCCAGAUUCUAGCAAUUAGUGGACCAGAACAAAAAUCAGAGAUCCACAUGCAGUUUUUCACAAGUGCCACUGAAUGCUUUAUUGUUGGAUUGUUCACAUAUAGGAAACUAGAGAUUUGUUUGGACCUUCUCCUCAACUUUCCCAGUUUCUUGGAAGACCGGAGUGGAAGAAAUAGACAUAUCAACGGUUCAACCUCUUUGGGCGGAACUCAAAAAUGGACGUGCAAAAUGUUUUGGAUACCGCUUUGGCGGCAGGCGCAGCCCAACUUGGCGCCCCCGAAGCUGCAAAGAUUUACCGAGAGUAGCUCAAAAGUGCAAUGA